AUGGCACCACCAGCAUCCUCCUCGGAGCAGCUCCACUUCAUCCUCGUCCCACUCCCCGCCCAAGGCCACAUCAUCCCCAUGAUCGACAUCGCCAAGCUCCUCGCCGCCCACGGCUCCACCGCCACCCUCGUCACCACCCCACUCAACGCCGCCCGAUUCUCCGAUGCCUUCCUCCGGGCCCGUGCCUCGGGCCUCGACGUCCGCACCCUCGUCAUCCCCUUCCCCUCCUCCCGUGACCUCCCCACGGGCUGCGAGAGCCUCGACUCCCUCCCUUCCCCGGGCCUCCUCCGACGAUUCUACGCGGCCCUCGACUCUCUCGAAGCCCCACUCGAGGCCCGACUUCUCAAGGCCAUCCACCCGCCGCCGAGCUGCGUGAUCUCCGACCGGUGCCUGCCGUGGACAACCCGAACGGCCCGGAGGUUCGGGGUGCCGAGGCUCGUUUUCCACGGGAUGAGCUGCUUCGCGCUGCUGGGGUCGCACAACGUGAGGGUCAGCGGGGCCCACCUGGUGAAAAGGCCGGAGACGGAGGCGUUUGAGAUACCGGGGAUGCCGGUUGGGGUGCGGAUAUCGAGGGCGCAGCUGCCGGGGUCGUUGGUGGCGAUGCCGGAGCUGGACGACAUAAGGGGAAGGAUGGCAGAGGCGGAGUCGAGCGCUUACGGGGUCGUCGUGAAUAGCUUCGAGGAGGUUGAAGGGGGCUGCGUGGAGGAGUACAGGAAGGUGGUGAAUAACAGAGUGUGGUGCAUUGGACCGGUUUCUCUAUGUAACAGGGAAACAAGGGACAAAUUCGAGAGAGGCAACAAAGCCUCGAUCGACGAAACCAAAAUUGGGGUUCGGGUUGGAGUCGAGCUGCCCGUCAGGUGGGGGGAGGAGGAGAGAGUCGGGGUGUUGGUGGGGAAAGAAGGGGUUGGUAGUGCCAUAGAGACGUUGAUGGGCGGAGGAGAAGAGGGGGAAAAGAGGAGGAUGCGGUCGGAGGAGCUAAGGGCGGUGGCGAAUUGUAAGAUGGAGAAUGGUGGGUCGGCUCAUCGUAAUAUAUCGACUUUGAUUCGAGACGUUAUGGAGCAUCAAGCCCAAGUUAGGCAUUGA